AUGCCAAACAGACUUCCUGUCAGUGACUUUGUUGGUGGGUUAGUAAAAAAUAUUCUCAGAGCUCUGAAGUAUUGGUUUCAUUACACACUGGUUGCCCUGGCGUGGCUUGGAGUGGUACCCAUUACAGCAUGUGAGUGUAGAGUUCUUUUAAAUAUCAUUUCAUUGUUAGUGUCUAGAGGGGCAUGGUAUAGUGGAACCUCAAUGUAAUGAACCUCCAUGUAACAAAGUCAUCAAUAUAACAAACAAUUUUCUUCAUCCCAGUAAUAGUAAAAUUAUGUAUAAAAGUGAAACUCAAUAUAAUGAAACCUCAUUGCAGUGAACAAAUUUUGUCAGUCCCUUGGCCUUUCAUUAUAUCGAGGUUUUACUGUGGUCUGGUCUUUUUUGUUUACUAUUGCAAAUUAAUGACCUUUACUCAAUGUAGCUUCCUGACAAACAAAUGUUUUCCCAAGUAUUGUUAUUAAGAUUAAAAAACAACCAAAUCAACUUUGAAAAACUAUUUAGCUGAACUGGUUUUGAAAACCUUGAUGAAAAUCUGUAGUUUUAAUUUUUCCUUAAAUUAUGUCUUUCCAUGCUUGGAUAAUUUUACCUGUAGGAUUUUUUGGGGUAAUUUUAUCUGUAAGAUUUUUUGCAUACCAAAAUGUGUAAAAUUCAUCACAUUUAAUGUUUAAUUUAAUCUGAUAUCACUCCUUUUGCUGUAUUUUAGAUCGUAUAUACAGAUGUCUUUUUGCCGGGUCUGUCAAUUCACUUCUUACUCUACCUCUAGACAUGCUAUCAACGUAAGUAGUUUGAUCAGUUUAUAUUACUGAACUCUCUCUUGAAAGAAAUUACUCUUACUCUUUGUGCUGCAUUCCUUCACACAUGGCUCCCUCAAGAAACUGGACAUUUUAACCUAAAAGGGAAUAGGUUACAGUAUUGUUUACUUAAUAUGAGAAUUGCACUUUUCAAACUGCUGAGCAUUGGCCUAUUAGAGAUGUAAUCAUGGCCAUCUAACAAACAAGGAUAGUAAUAAUAGUUUGGUUUCCCCAACAAGGUCACAAGUCACUGAGUUUAACGCAACAGGUUUAAUUCACUCCUGCAUCAACAAUCACACAAAAAGUUUAAAAAACCUGAGUCACAGUCAAUUGUGCUCACAUGUACACACAUGUGUUACUUGCAAUCAAAAUCUCAACUACGUAGAUGUUGUAGGUAAUUUUUUAUCCCAGGUAAUUUUUAUAUUUCAUUUGUUUCAACUUCAUAUACCCAAAAACAAAAGGAAAACAAAAAUUACCUGAGAUAAAAAAUUAACUACAACAUACAUGUAUACACUUGGGCCUAGUCUCCAACAAACAUACUGUCCUUUAAUAGCAUGAAGUGUAACUUGAAAAUAUAGUCAGGAAGUUUUUUCUAAACUUGAGUUACAUGCAAUCAGAUUUGCAUGUACUAAUGAGAUAGCGCAAAUUGUUUCAAAAUGCAUCUUGGCCUCCAAGUGUUGAUUUGAGUUCAGGACAUUAGUGUGUACCUAAAACUUACGUAUCCUUAAUGUUUUUUUGGCAGUGAAAAUUUAUUUGCGGACUGUAUACGAGGCUGUUUUGUGGUGGCCUGUACAUUAUGCGCAUUCAUCAGCUUGGUGUGGUUGCGAGAACAGAUUGUAAUGAAUGGAGGUCCUGAUUGGCUUGAACCUAAUGUUGUGGAUCCUGUUCCUCAAGUUCAGGGAGUGAGUUGAUAUUUUGGUCUUUUUGUAUUUGCAUAUAUAGCAUGGUGGAAAAAAAAAGUGUGAGAACAUUUCUUGGAACAAGUCAAAAAAAAAAAAAAAAAACUGGUGUCAAUGUAAAAAAAAUAAUUGGGGACACUAUAUUUUUACGUCCCUAAUGGACAACAUUUCUUCAUCCGAACAGUCCAUAAUCAAAAAGACCCUGAGUAUUGGUCCAGCCGCGGGAAUCGAACACCUCCCGAUAGUCAAGGACAAAAUCCUGCCAUGUUUAUCUUUUAAGAGGGGAAAAAUUAUGUUUUAAUUUGGGGGAAAAAAAAUAAAACUAUUUUAACUUUGUAAGCGUGUAAAUUGUAUAGUCAGGUAAUAGUAUUCUCAAAUCCUUGAUGAUUCUUGGAGAGAAAACAGACAAUCAGUACUGUGAAGGAUGCCAGUUACCAUCAAAUUUUUGCAAACUUUAUGUUGAAUUUAUUCAACAAUCAGUUAGCCUGCAUCACAGCUGCAGUCGGUUAGUAACGUCUGAAAAGCAGUGCCAAGAUCCUUGGUCAAUGGGCUCAAUGAAUUGAGAGAAGUUCGCUCAUAAUUUCUCUUUGACCUGAUUAGCCAAUAAAACAAUAGCUUUUUAACUGGUCAGCCAGGAUGUGUACUCAAAUCCUGGUAAGUAGCUGGCGGCCCAGAAAAAGGAUUUUGGCACUGACUUGUAGACAGACUUAAUGAAAGGUUUAAUUUUGUCUGUGGGGCAGGCUAACAAUCAGCAUACAUUUGGGAAGCUAGAAAGCAAACACCUGACACAACAUUUUAUUCAAUUACUUUCAGACACCUUGAGUAUGGUGUAACAAACUCAACCACUCUCAGUCUUUUUAACCCACUUCUCUGUGACUGGUUAAUGGAUACAAACAAUGUACCUUGUAUUCCAGGUCAACAAUGAUGGUGGCCCAGGUGGUGGUGGCGGUGAAGUUGCAGCUGAAGGGGAUGUGGGAGAAGAAGAUGCUAACAAUGCAGGAGAAAAUGUUGGUGAGGAAGGAAACAAUGCUGCUAAUCAAGAUGCUGAGAAUGGAGCUCAGAAUGGAGAUGGUUAGUAUUAAUAAUUAACUAUAAUUAUCAGUAUAGGUAAUAGCAUGAUUAGUAGUGAUAUUUGGCAUAAAUACCGCGAGUGAUAUUUCAAAAAUUGUUAUACCUAAUUUCUAGAAAAUGGAGUUUAUACUACUACCCACAAAAGGUUGUAAUUUUCACAUGUAGGUAUUUCAAAUUAAGCUGAAAUAUCACUGCUCUAAGCCAAUCAAAUCACAGAAAAUUCUCAUGUAGUAGUAUAGUAAUAGUAAUAAUAAUAAUAAAAUAGUAAUAAUGCAGCUCAAAAGAUGAUGCAGGUUGCUGCUUCUUCCUCGAUGAAGAUGGUGACUGUACUUGUCAGUAACAUAAACAAAACAUGAAUGCUCUUAAAAGCUUUAAGUUGAGCUUGCCUGUUGAUGAGAUAAGAAAUAAGGAGGCAAUUAAUUCUACACACAACAAGAUUUCCUUGCAAAAAAUUUUUUUACUUCCUACUUUAUCGAUUGUCUAGUAUUCUUCAGGAUAUAUACUUUUUAGAUCAUGUUCAACAAUUUGCUUCUGAAUUGAUUGAGUACAAAAACACAAAAAUUAAGGGCCUUGAUUUGAGAGAAAUUACAUCAUUGCCAGAGAGCAAAAAUGUGAUGAACAUGGUGCGUCAUUUCAAUCAUUGCCAAUUGAAAAUAAACUGUAUGCUAAAGACAAUACUCAUUUGUAUACGGUGAAAGUUUACAACACCCAACCAGUUAGCCUCACCAUUGAAGAUUCUUCUUUCUUUUCGACCACUGAAGUGUUUGCUUGUUGCAAAGUAAUCAAUGAUAGAAUUUGUGGACCGACCCAUUCCAGAAAAGAUCUACAUCUUUCGCAUCAAUCUGUUCUAAGCUCUCUUUCCAAAAUAUGCAUGGCGCCUGUCAUGCCACAAUUCGUAUCCCUGGUUUCCAUAGCCAGGAAGGCUUGGGACCCUGAGCCCCUUUUGGCACGCACACAUGAAAAAAAAAAAAAAAAAAAAGGUUGAUAAAUUUUGAUUUUAGAAAUGCUCACCACAUAAAGUUCUUCGCUAUGCUGUUAAAUUUUUGGAAAUAAUGAUUUUAGAGAAAACCAGAGUACAUCCACAUGAGAUAAACCAACAACAACAGAACCAACAUCAAACGCGUGGCAUCAAUAACAGGUUUUGAACCAGGGCCACAUUGGUGGGAGGCAAGUGCUCUCACCAGCUCUCACCACUUUGCUGCCUUGCCCCAUGCUCUUUUUCUCUAACUUGAGAAUUUUGAAGUUUAAAAAUUUCAUUUCUAUUGCAGAUGAUGGAAACUGGAUUCAUCCUGUUGAAUGGGAAAGAGCAGCAGAAGAGCUUACAUGGGAAAGGGUGAGGAUUUUUUAUGUUAAACCAGUAACCCAAUCAGGCUCCUAUAUGCAGUUGUUCAAACGAUGGAUAAUGCUAUCCAUCAGACUGUAUAUAAUGGGAAACCAAGUGUCUAAUCCACUGGAUACCAGUGUCACCCAGUGGACAGUGCUGUGUACCUUAAGAACAACAGGGUCCAGGUUAACGACUUCUAAGCCUGUCAACUAGAACUUAUUAGUAAACCCAUUUACGGAGGGAACAGAGCAUUCAAGUCAUACCAGAAUGAGUAAGAUGCAGUCCAACAGCUCAGAGAAAAAUGCUUUAAAACCAUACAAAGUUGACUAGAAAAUCACUGAAAAUCUUGCUCAACCAUUAUACCUCUUGGUGAUAAUUUUACUAACCAUUGCGGUUUUCACUAAAACCAUUCCUACUGAAAUGAAGCCUAGUGAAUGCUCAGCAAAGAGUUGAAAAUAUAUGGGGGUGACGAAAAGCUAAAGACAUUGGGACGAGAGGAAGCAAAACAGUCUAAGUAAAGUAAUGCAUACUUUUUUCCACAGAUGCUUGGCUUGGAUGGGUCUCUAGUAUUUUUGGUAAGUUAGUAUGCAUGCUUACACCUUAUUAGCUAGGUAACAUUGAAUUAUACCAAGGAUUAAGACUUGUAUUUUGGACAGGGUAAGUUAGUUUGAAUCAGUUCAUUCACCAUAAAAUGAUUUUUAUUGACCUUUAUAAAGGAUGUAUGAGUACGAAGUAAUAUUGUCUUUUGCAGGAGCAUGUAUUCUGGGUGGUAUCUCUAAACACUUCAUUCAUUCUGGUGUUUGGUAAGUGUUUCUUCCAGUUCUUGUUGUGCCUUUGUAGUUAAGGGUUGACAUAUUCAGAUCCCUGGAAAUUUUUUUCAGUUUCUUGAUAAUUUGCUAUUUAAAUUUGUACAUGUUCUUUACUAUUUGGAUCUUAAUAGUACAUCAUUAAUUUACUCUGCAGCCUUCUGUCCCUUCCACAUUGGUCAGUUCACAGUUAUUCUUCUCUCUCUUGAAGAGGCGGUAAGCGCUUGCUUAAUUUUUUCUAGUUCCUUGUGUCACUUUAUGCCUUUUAUAUUAUAUUUGAAUCAUUCAAACACAUCUUACUGUACAUCUUGGGGAUGCAUUUGAUUGGCUGUGUUGUACGGCAUCUUAGAGUCAGCUAAAAUAUUUUGUUUGCCAUGUAAAAAUUGGUAGCUAAAUAAUUGAUAAAAAUAAUACUGUAUGAAUUUAUUGUUGAUAUUAUACACACUGUAUACAGUCUAGAGUGAAUCAAUAAAUUAAUGUCAACCUAUUGUAUGAUUUCCCUGUAAUUAUGCAAAAUGCUGUAUGAAAAUGCUAAUAGUUUCAUUUUGUUUAAUAUGGUCAGCUAAGAACUUGCUUUAUCUGUUAAUUGAUUUGUUAUUUCCGACAGUUUCAGUCAUCUAAAUUUGAAGGGCUUCUUACUGCUGUCUUGGGAUAUGUCAUUCUUGCUUUUGUCCUUGUGCUGUGUCAUGUAUCCUUCAGAUUUGAAUACUUAAAUAACAAAUGAAUAACAAUAAGUUAAAUAAAAAGAAAAUAAUACCUGCACUGUAAAUUUGAUUAUAAAUUAUACCAGGUCAUAUGCACACCUAUUGGCAGGUGCUCAAUAGAAGAACUAGAGUGUUGUACCAUUGACGUGACCUGAUCAACUGAAGAUUGGCCUUGGCAUUUUGUUGUCUUGAUAAAAUUUAAUAUUAUUAUAAUGUGUGCAACAUGCCCUAGUGUUAUGAACAUUGUUAAGCAUUUUAAAAAAUUGCUCUUUGAAAAUGGUUAUUACACUAAUCAUGUGUUUUAAGUAUUUACUAGUAUCUAAUAUUUACUAGUAACUGUUUGUGACAUAGAAAAAUGCAUUCCUUACACAGACUGGAGUGAGAUGUAUGGGACAACUGUCAUUGAUCCAACAGAUCUUAGGACAGGUAUCUGGCAUCCCACAGAUUUUAUAGUCUGUGCCAAAUGACAUCAUCACCAUCUUGCAAAAAGGGAGAGAUUGUGGGAUUGAGAUCGGUCAAAUGCACUCUGUACUCUUUACACAUCCUUAGUUAUAUUGGUAUACUUGUCAGAUGUUUUUAUUCCCCUUGACUGCUUCUUUACAGAGUGUAGCAUCUCUUUGUGGAUUAAGGAAGUACGAAUCAUUUUGUUUACUUUCUUUUCAUUCAUUGUGUUUCAAACUAUGAAUUUUGCUAGUUAUGCACUUUCACAUUUAUUAUGUACCUUGUUGGUACUUAAUUUAGCAAUUUUCGCCACACAGAAUUUCGGGGGGAUUUAUUUUUGCAAUUUAAAUAAGAAAAAUAUGAAAAAGGGCAUUAAAUUUCACGAUUUUCACAUAAAUUUCUAUAUUACUUGGAACAAGCAAAACGGAAAUUUAGUGCCAAUAAGAUAACUUGAUUUUGACUUCUCAAGCCUGGACAGUGACCUUUUUGUUUAUUACAUUAUUUUGGAAGGUAUUGUAUUGGCUUUCUUAAUGAUAAGAAUGAAAGAGUUUUGGUGUGGAGGAACCUUGACCCUUACAUGAGUGUGUUUCCAUCUAGUUCUCAUAAUGACAGUGUAAUUUAUACAGUUCAUUUACUGUGCACCUUUUCAAGGUUGAUGUUUUCUUUCUCAUCAGACCUAAAAGAAUACUGGGAUUAUGUUAUGUAGUGGUAAAAGUAAGUAAUUUAAUUAUUGAGACACUACAUUUUUGUGGUUUGCUUAUUAUUUUCUUUAAACCUAUGAUAUCUUUAAACUUUCACAGAGUUCUAAAGUGAUGACAUCAUAAAAAUCAAAUUUCUGAAAUUAUGGGAUUUGUCAGGAUAUUCUGGAACAACAAUGUCCAAGAGGCCUACUUGCCAAAAAUUAGCAUUGAGGCAAUUUUUUUCUGAGAUCUUAGCCCAGUUACUCUCUGAUAACUCCAAAACCCGUCUAAAUUUUUUUGGGGUCGACAGAAUGCUAGUUUUUGGACGUUGUUCUUUCAGAAUAUCCGACAAAUCCCAUAAUUUCAGAAAUAUAAUUUUUAUGACUUCACACUUUAGAACUCUAUUACAGUUCAACAGAGAUGGCACUUUAUGUGUCCACUGUCCACUUUAACCUGAGUUACAACUAGCAUGUCAAAAGAAAACUUUUGAAAAGGGGAACUUCUUUGUGAAUGUUGGAAAUGCCAUGUGCAUUCUAUCACGUAUCUGUAUGGAAUCCUGAAGAAUUUCCAGCACAAAUAUAAUAAGUUAUUGACCUUUUUUUGUAGGUUUCAUUGUUGAUGUUGGUGGAAAUUGGUUUGUUCCCCUUGGUGUGUGGGUGGUGGCUAGAUGUAUGUUCCUUGGUAAGUUACGAGUUGCCCUCAUUUGAAUAAAUCAAAUAAUCAUUGUCAUGAUCACUCAUAUGCAUUUUAUUUUAUUCCUUGAACCACUAACGUACCAUCAAAAAUUUUUAUUACAGUACAUGUACCUCUCCAUUCCUGCAGACAUGCAACGAUAUUGGUCCUUGUUAAUGAAAUGAUAAUGUGUUUUGGUAUAUCAUCCAUGGGAAGUGCUGUGGAUGCACCCUAGAGUUUAGUUUUUGUGACGCUACUUUGUUGGUAGUGAUAACCAACAAACUGUAUAAUCACAAAAGUGGAUACACUGAAACCCCGAUAUAUCAAAGUACCAAGCAAAUGAAAAAAAAGGUUGAAUGAAUGCGAAGGCUUUGACUUGUAAUUUAUUGAAAGCUGAAGAUAUCAGUCACAUUUUCUAGUUGUACAUGCUUUUUGCACUGUGUUGACUGCAAGGGUUAAGCAAAUGUCUUUGUUUUUGUUGUUUUCCAGUCCCUAUUUGGAGCUACAUUAAAGGACAGACUUGCAAGUGUUGACUCAGCACCAGGUAAAAUAAGAAAACCAUUUUCAUCUGUUUAGGCUUGUAAUAAAUGCAUUUCUCUUUGGAGUUUAAGCUUCGGUAUGACUCUGACUCUUUUAAUGUACAAACUGUUUCUGCCACAACUCUGCCCAUAACGAAGGCAGAAAUUUCUUACGAUAUUAUUCGAAUAGUGCCUCAAACUAGCUGAAAUUGAUUGUACUGUUUUGUUUUAUUUCCUAAUUUCAGGUACAGCCAUGUUUCUUCACUGGCUUGUUGGUAUGGUCUAUGUGUUCUACUUUGCAUCAUUUGUACUGCUUCUAAGAGAGGUAUUCAGACCUGGUGUCCUGUGGUUCUUGAAAAAUCUCAAUGACCCUGACUUUCAUCCAGUCCAGGAGGUGAGCUAUUUCUCUGAUCUUUAAUCAAACAAAACAUAACUUUAUUGUGUCCUUAUUCUGCAAAUAAAAAGAAAUUGUUGUGUUCCUACUGUCAAAUAUUAAAGAAGCCUGAUAAAGUUCUAGUUUGCCAUGCUUAAGAUUUCUUUUCAAGGUAAUUGACUGAACAUCUCAGCAAUAGGGUUUAGCAAUAAGACAAGACAAAGAUUAAUGAUAUAUCACAAAUAAUUAUCAUAAGUUAAUGAUCCUCAAAUUUUGUGUGAAAGUUACAAAAGGGUCACAUCAGCCUACUAUAGUGUAUCUGCCUAAGAUGCAGUGAUAAUAAAAGUUUCCUUGUGUGCUUGUAUGCAACUGCAUUCCUGCUCUGCAUGAUUAUCAUUAUAAGAAUUUUUGUUGUAUUUGUAGAUGAUACGUCUUCCAGUUUACAGACAUUUAAGGAGAUUCUUGCUUUCUUUGGUAAGUGAUUUGGUUCAAUUUUACUUGAGCCUUUCCAAGGGAUUUUUUUUUUCAAGAUGAUAUUUCUCAGUUUUUUUUUGGGUGGGCCAGCAACAAUCACAGUUAUCUCCUGCAGUUGCCAUCUUUGAUAUUGAAAGGAGAUGAAGAUUGGGUUGAGUAGAAAGUGUGAUCUAUUAAUAGAUUAGACCUUAUGCGAAAAGACAAAUAAUAUUUAGGAGGGAGGGGGAAAAUUAUGUUGUUGCCUUUGUUUUCUGCCCCUGCCUUCUGUCCCACCUUCUGUGACUCACAGCAACAGCUACAUAGACUGCGAGUCGUCGUCCUCCUUCCUAAGAGCUACACAUGGCAAGCAAAAAAAGUAAAAUUAUGUGAAAAACCUUGUUCCUCGCAGCUUCGCACUCGUGCCUUACACAUGUGUGAUCUUGAUCUACUGUGAUGCAAAAGAAAAAUAAGAGACUGCUCACAGUCUAAGGAGCACCACAAAGCUCUCAGAACAGGUUGUUUAAUUAAAUGAUAAAACAAUAAGUAGGUGAAUGACCUGAGAAAUGUCUUUAUCCCUAGAAAUAAUAGCAGGUUAAUGAAAACAGAGGCCUCUGAGAGCUUUGUGGCUCCAGGACAUCAUGCCCCCUUUUUUUUGGUAGUGAAUUCUUUUUUUUUUUUUUUUACCCCCUCCCUACACUAUAGGGUAAAUUUGUUGUCUUCAGCUUAAUCUGCUUCCUUCUAUUUCUGUUUAUUUGUCAGGUUGUAUUUGGUACUACUGUUCUACUGAUGAUGCACCUUCCUGUCAGACUCAUCAAGUGGCUCUUACCAACCUUUCUUCCUUACAACAUUCAAUUGUCUAGGUCAGUAAGUACACUUUAUGCCCCAGUAUCCACGUACAAAUUCUCCUGUCUGAUCUCCAUACAUUUCCUUAAAGAAUUAGUUGAGAGAAUUUGAUAAAAGAUCAAAGCAUUUUCUCUUUGGUGCUCGUGUUAUUAAUUCUCAUAACCUUUUUUUUUUUCAAGUAUCCAUUGCUACUGUCAGGUGAAAAUUGAUGUUGGUCACUCUUGCACAGUCCCUGUUUGUGAUCUGAAAUUUGGCAAGUUUCCACAGCAUGUUUUCCCCAAAAUCAUCCUGAUACUGCAAAUGAGUUAAAACGCCAUAUACCCUCGGGAGGGUGAAACGUUUAUCUUAAAGUUGACAACAUCUUCUUUGGCGCCCUUCCCCUCCCCUCUCCCCCCUCCCUUGACCCAGCAGAAACUUGUGCUCUUACAUGUAUAUUCAGUGGUACAAAGGUUUGUUUUGUUUGUUUUUGUAGCGAGGUCCCAGUCAGCGAGCUCUCACUUGAGUUGCUCCUCCUUCAAGUGGUGUUGCCGGCGUUGUUGGAGCAGGGCCACACUCGACAGUGGUUGAAAAAUGUUAUGCAUGGCUGGGCAGUAACAGCUGCGUAUCUGCUGUAAGUUUCAAACUGUCCGCUUUAUUUGUGCAGUAUUGUCUUCUUUAUUAACACUAGCUUGUUAAUAUGAAUGCCCGGAACAGGCAAUAUUAAAACAAGUGUUCCCGUUUUGUCCGGGUGAGUGUCGACAAAACUGUUACCCUAUUUAUAUCCAAAAAAGACAAAAAACAGAGGCGUCACGUACCUUUUCACAAACUUAUUUCUUUUUUAUUGUUUGUGCGUUAUUUGCAGAAACCUGCGAUCAUAUCUUCUGGGAGAUGUGCCUUUGGAUGGUGCAGAAAAUGUAGGUUGAUCUCUUGAUCCUUUAGUUACUUCCACUGAAAUAAUACCAGCUAUUGAAUCUUCUUUUCGCAAUUUUCAGAACCAAUCAUGUGGUGUCUUGUUCUCUUCUAAAGACUGAAGUGAGAAUAGUUCUGGAACUCUCUCAAUUUUCUUAGAGACAGAAAAGAGAGCAAAGUCGGGGAGCGCAUUGUUUCCAAGGCAGCUGUUCUUUGUGUUGCCACGCAACGCUCUUCCCCACGGGGCCUUUGUGGGGAGGAGCGUUGCGUGGCGACAGCGUGACAGAACAGCUGCGUAAGAGAGUAGGGAGCUCAAGGAAAAUGCGCUUCUCGGGAGGAAAUUGAACGUGUGUGGUGUCGCGUCUCCUCGUCGGAACCAAUUUUCUGUACACUCGCGUGUUUAGCUCGCUGUACUCUCUGAGAAAACCAAAUGGUCUGUUUUGAUUUUCAAAUGUCUCACCAACUUGUUGCUUUUAGGUGUAUGGUCUGCAUUUGACCAAUCGUACCAACCAACGGAACCAACAGAAUGUCAACAAUGUCCAGCAAGGUGAUGCUGCUGGACAGAAUGCAGUGCAGGCUCAGCCUGCACUGCAUGGUAAUGCUGCGGCUGGUGAAGCGGGAGGAGCAGCUACUCUUGGUUUUCAACCUUACAUCAGACCACCUAUGUUCACCGUUAAGGUAUAUUAUAAACCUUGGUCACCCUAUUGAUCACAGCAUCUCUAAAGUGUUAUUGUGUGGCCUUGUGCUUCUAAAAGGAAUGUUUUGUUAUGGCAUACGGGGGAUAAUAGGGUUACAGUUUAGUUGCUCACAAGUUGAUUUUUUGAGCGAGGAAAGUCUCGAGGGUAAAAAAUUAAGUGAUUUUGUGAUUGAUUACGUUAUCGAUUGCUGUGCUUAGCAUUGUUUAGGCAAAAAAAUCUCAUAAAACACCAUCUUUGCCUGUCUGAAGUGUAAAAGAGUUAAACUGCGACUUAUUUACUCGCGCUUAACGUUGGCUCGAGACGUGAACAAUUUUUGUGAAGGAGUUAGUUUAUGAAGAAACUGGGAGGCCUCGUCAAAAGCUUACCGUGAUUGAACGUGAACGUGAUGUGAAUGCGACUGAACUCUUAUAAGUCUUUCAUACUAACAAUCAACCUCUCUAACCUAAAAGUUUGCAAAAAUUCCUCGCCAUAUUACCCCAACCCUAAAGCGCAUCUUCGCACACUGGGGACUCCUUAGUCUCCUUCACAACCGCGCGGGCCGGAGUCACGCAAUGCUCCCUGCUCCCAAGGCGCUGGGGCGGGGAGCAUUGCGUGACUCCUGUCCGAGCGUCUGCGUAGGAGACUAGGGUCUCCCGUGCCCAGUUUACAGGAUCCACAGUUUUUCACGGACACGGCAAACGUCAGAUUCAAGUUGAGAAAUUUUUAUAAAAUAGAAAUUGAGUAGAUAAAAACAGUCCAAAACAAUUCUUAUGGAUAAAACUCGCGUGAAACCAUUAAUAUUUGUGUAGAUAUAAUGAACAGUAAAUGACAGGCAGAGGGAAAACGUGGUCAGGUGGUACAAAUUCACGUUUGCCGUAAACUUGACUCUAGAUCUCUCUAUUAUGUUCUUAGCGGUUUGGCAGGUUCUCUAACCCGAAAGCAGUGAUGAUCGGGUAUUGAAUAAGGACUUAUUUUCUUUUAGAUUUUGCUGCUUGUUGUGUUCAUGUGUCUAUCGCUCUCUUUUGCAAGUUUUGUGACUUUGACUGGACCUGGUAAGUUUACACCUCGCUCACUAUUUUUUUAGGUUCUAAAAGAACAAAGGGGCGUCGCCUCGUAAAUCCUCAUGUAAAACACAGGUUCAAACACAGUCUGAACUACAGUUUGAAACUUAGAUUUUUGGCAGUCUUACGUAGGCGUGUAAUGUUAAAGUCUGAGCCACCUUGAACAGUAUCAAACAAAAUGAAACAUAGACCAGUGAACCUGCAAAUAAUAAUAAUAACGGUUUAAUAUCAGUACAUCCAUGGUAUGGCUCUUCGCCUGAUAUAAAAGUAAAAUGAGGAAAUUAACAUAAAUCUGAAUUGUGAAUUUGUAAAAAGCUAGGUGAUAAACAGUAAAAUGUAAUUAUACAAUAUAUACGGACAGUAUCUAAAACUAGGCAAGAAAUCAUUCCGCCCUAUAUAAAUAGCCUCUUAAUAUCAAACUACAAACUCAUAAGGGGUUUUCAACCCCUUAUGAGUUUCUGAUCAAACUUAAUCACAUCAUUCAAUGUUAACAUGUGCUGCUUCUUGUUAUUUGUUUUAUUUCAGUUUUUAUUGGUCGCAGUGUAAUGCUACUAUGGAUGGGCGACGCUUCUGUUCAUGAGCUAUACACUGCAGCCUGUGGUCUCUAUUUUAUAUGGCUUGUUUGUCGAGUUGGAAGUGUGCUUCUUUCCUGGGUACCUCUAGGCUGGAAGGGUGUGGCAGGCAAAGUGUUUGAGUGGGUUCUUUUGGUAAGUACUCUGAAAAAUUUUCAGUGCCAAACUUUCAAUAAAGGUUACUACUGUCGAAUUCUAGAUCAGGAACAAAAGAUGGGUGUUUAAAAUUUUUCCCCGAUUUUCUCCCGUUACGUUUUCCAGCGUUUGGCACCUGACACACUUUUCUUGGCGUCUGGCACCCUUAACACUUUUUCUGCACUCUGCAUCAGUUACACAUUUCUCGCGAUGGGUACCACUUCAGUUGCACCAUUUUUCUGUUUUCCCGAUCUUGGUGACAAUAACACUUUUUCUCGCGCUUGACAGUUACGCUUUUUCCCGCGCUAAUUGACAAUUAUACUUUUUCCACGCUGGGUGACAGUUACACUUUUUCUCGCGCUGAUUGACUUUUCCCCGUACUGGGUAACUGUCGUACGAUUGGUAUGUAUCCGUGAGUCACUGAAGUAAUUUAAAAUUGCGAUAAUUAUCAAGUUUAAAAAUGGUUUGUUUUUGCAAUUUCGCAGGGACUGAAGUGCGUAAUCGUGGCCCUUGCACUUAUCGGACUAAUACCUUUACUUCUCGGAUUACUGUUUGAGCUCGUUGUGGUAGCACCUCUCCGAGUCCCUCUGGAUCAAACCCCUUUGUUCUUCCCGUGGCAGGCGAGUAUCCGGUCUUUGUUUUAGGCCGCAGUGUCCGCUCUGUUGAAUCAACAAUCUCUUUCUGUUUUCAUAGGACUGGGCUCUGGGCGUGCUCCAUAUGAAGAUCAUAUGUGCGGUGACCAUGAUGGGACCGAACUGGUGGCUCAAGAGAAAUCUGGAACAGGUACGACGUGUCUGGCCCGCUUUAGAGUGUACCCUUGUUUUAGGGUUUUCAAUGCUAUUGUUUUCUCCGUUGUAUCUAGUCUCUGCGCUAUUGUUGAUUAUGCCUUUGUGAACUUAUACUGGAUGAUUUCUCACCCAGAUGAAUGCCCGUCUAUCUAACUCUAGACUGUUGUGAAUGCGCAGGACAGGCCUAAAAUAUGGGUCAUAUCCUCGCUUCCUUCUCGCCACAUCCUGAACACAAAUGUGGACGUUUUAUAGUCUACUCAAAGUGAUUCCUGGGAAUCCCAAUAAGCUCUUUUCCGUCAAAAGCUGACGUGUUUACGAUCUCUUCAUUAAAAUAAAACUUCGCAAUAGUUGUAUUCUGAAUUGCAGAUACGAUACGAUACUUUAUUUAACGUGGAUAUUACUCUCAGCUUUAUCAGCUAGUUUACAGGUAAUCCAAUACUGCAGAUAAGAAAGCAGUUGACACAUAAGUAGGGAGAUUUCGCAAAAGGUUUUUCUUUUUUGUUGUGUCACUUUGUACUCUGUGAUUUUUUUUAGGCUUAUCAAGACGGCGUUAGAAAUAUCAACGUCAUGUUCAUCUUUCGACACGUGACCUUACCUGUUGUAACUUGUCUGUUAUUGGCUGUUACGGUCCCUUACGUCAUUGCCGCGGGAGUGGUUCCCAUCAUUGGUAAGUACGAAUGAAACUUCGUUUUAUGUCCAGGGCCGGGUUGUGCAAAGCCUGGAUUUAACUAGACCAUUUGCACGAUGGCGUCAUUUUACUACUAAGACCAACAUCCUUUUCGAUUUUCCUGUCAUAUUUAAAUUUGGUGAUCCCAGCGAGGUUAAAUAACAAAAGCCGUAUUUUGCACAAGAAAGAAAAACCCUGAAGGAUUCUGGUCGUAGUAGUAAAAUGACAUCAUCGUGCAAAUGGCCUUUAAAAGUCAAUUCAGUUUAAUUCUUUUUGUCUACAAUUUGAUGAUGGACGGUCCAAAAACAACGGAGAAAAUUAUCCGAGAAAAUGCUUUUGAUCGAAAGAAAAAGAAAUCCAGCUGAAAAUUUAACCCCUGGUAAACGCUGAUCGGCCUUCGAAAAACUGGGCCCUGUAUUAUUGAAAACUCAACGUGAUGGUGAGGCUUGGCAGUGGCUACGGGACAUUUCUUUGAUUUCUGAUUGGCUCAUUUGAUUGUCCCGGUGUCUGUGAUUGGCCAAAGUACCUCUACCAUUCUAUUGAACUGUUGCUAUUGUAUUUCAGUGCGAUCACCAGAGACUUCGCUGUUCUGUCUUCGUCGUAUUUACCCCUUCCUGUUGGCCAUGGUUAUCCUUAUUGCAGGAUUUAUCUUUCAAGGACGGCAAUUUCGACUUCUUUACGAGCGCAUCAAAAACGAAAGGUAAGUCUUUAUCACGUUUUGUGAAAUUUAGUUUUACGCGAUUGUUUCUUUGCAGGUUGUUGCAUCUUGUUUUUGUAAAGUAUAGAUUUAUGUCCCCGAAAAGGCGCUAAUUUCUUGCUUACUUUAUUUACAUUCACUCUUACGCCAUGUGAGAAACUUUGGUGGAAAUAAACAUAAAGCAAAAACCAUGCUAUGCAAUGGAGUUCUGGGAACAAAAAAAACUAAAGUUCUUCAAUAUUCCAUUUAAACAUAUUCCUUUGUUGGAUUUAAUCCUUUGGGGAAUGAUUUGGGAAUACAUUGUUGCAAUAAAUUCUUUUAAUAUAGGUUAUUUCCGAGUUCCAAAAAAACCUCGCUUUCAAAGUGAAGUCAAGGACAAAACCCUUCAUGUGAAAAAGAGAAUUGGCUGUGUAACAAUAAAGAGGACGUUCGUAUCCUAGCUAAUGAGACUUCGAGCAAGUCAGAAAUGGCUUUAAUGAUGAAUAAUAAUCUAGUUUGGAGUAUAGUUUAAUCCAAAUCGUUAAAAAAUACUCUGCAAAAGGUAUGAUUGUCAGCAGAGUCCUUUAUGUCAUUCGGUUUAUGACGUCAUCUUUACCCGUGAUCCGCCAUUUUGAAUACCUGUCUUGAAUGCCUUAACCUAAGAUCAGGCCCAAUUUUAGCGGUUCUCAUACAUUCUCUCUAACGGCUCGCCGGAAUGUAAUUUUCAAAGUGAAACGAAAAUAGAGCCUGAUCUCAGGUUAUGAAUGCCUUAAAGCACUUUUAGUUAAAGAAAUAUCUGUUUGGGUUAAAUUUCAGAUAUCUAGUUGGCCAGAAACUAAUGAAUUAUGAGCAUGGUAAACGAAUAGCCAAGCCUGCUCCUAGAAGUCCAGUCGAAGCCGAGUGAAUAUUUGAGGACUUCUGAAAUGUUACAUGGAUCGUGACUCGCCUCAGACUACAGUGGUCGUCGCGUAGUUUUUCUAGCCAGUAAUUAGCGGUUAUUUACUGGUUAGAAAUAUUGCUUGUCACACAAGCCACCCUGAACCAACAUUAACGGGUUCAAAUGAAGUAGACGUCGCUAGUAAGGAGGCAACGUCUUGUAGUCGACACGUCGUGUGGAAAAGGUUAGCGUUAAGGAACGUUGCGUUACAGGCGCUCUCAAAUUUAUUGAUAAAUCUUGGAAGAGAAAACCACGGAAUUUCUGGACAAGUUAUAGAUAUGCUUUCCUAGUAACUGCAAUAGAUUUAAAUUUCUCCAAGAAUUAUCAGUAGCUUAAGAAGAUGCAGUCAGCUCUCUCUUUAACGGGCAUCUUAGGGAGCUAAACCUGCACCUGCACCUGUGAAUUGCUAAUUGCGUACGAGCUUUCGGCGUGUGGGGAAUAGGUUAAGAAGGCCCACAACGUCCUCAGUCUUCACUUUCAGGUUUUUUAAUCACAGUUUUUUCUUUUCUCCUACAAAAAAUAAUCCACCUCUCACAGGCCUCAAUCGAGCGAACCCUAAUCUAUGGCACACCUUGAAUAAACAUGAGCUGAUUGGCUAAAACGAUAUUGCUGACAGAAAAAUAACAAACGUACUCUAUUUCACAAUAACACGUGGAAUAACGUGAUCUUUGCCAUUCAGAUAAAAAUAAACGCCUUCAAAGAUUGGCAGCUCGGGACAAAAUAAACAUUAAACCCUAUGCUAUUAUCGAGUUUCCGACAGGCGCAGCGAUCUCUGGGAUCGCUUGGGUGGACAAACGUUACUUAUGAUUGGGUAAAGGUUGCCUUGAAUAUGAUCGACCAAUCAUAACAGACGCUUGUCCACUCAAACCAUCCCAGAAAUCACUGCAGCCAAACUUUGAACCCAUUCUCCUUAGAGAUUCUGAAGUGGAUCGAAUAGAGGUGUACGCCCGGGGGGCGGGGGUGUAUGCAGAUUUAGCAAAGACAACAUGACGACAAUGACGACAGGACGCAGAGAACGACUUGAUCAAUGAUAGAACGGCAAACUGAGAACCGGAAGUCACGUUCAGCCCUUUCCCCGCGCUUUCGCGUUAGCGUCCUCGCUUGACGUUGCAUUGUCUUUGCUAAAUCUGCCUAUUUUGACUCAUUAGCGGUAGGUUCUAGGGACGAGUUCUUCUUACAGAGGUGGCCGUUAAGAGAGAGUUGAAUGUGUAUGCAACACUUAUGAAGGAAUUUCGUCUGGUACCCGGAAGUGGCCUGCAAACAACAGGCUCUAUUUUCUUUUCGCUCGGCCACUUAAGGUGACGUAAGAAAGCGGCAAAAAUUUGGCCGACAGAGAACUCGCGAUUUUUCAGUGUGUGCAUAUCCUGAUGUAAUAAAUUCAUCUGUUUGAUGUGGUACUUAAAAGACUGUAAAAACAUCUGGAAUGACUUUACAUGAAAUUGUAGCCUGCGUAGCAAGCGUUUAUGUUUGGUUUCGGAGCGAAGAAAGAUUGAGGAACGGG